GAAACACUCAGGAUUCCAAGAUCAAGAACGUGAAGAAAUCGAGCAUGAGCUUCUUUGAUUUAGUGUGAAUAUUAAGUACAGUUUUCCUCCAUCAUGAGUAAGCCAAACUCUGGCAAGCAGGACCCGUUGUCCUACCGGAGCAGUCAGAGUCGCAACAAAGACAACCCAUCAAGCUCGGAGAAAAGUUCCCAAGCCCCUUCGUUUCCCGCGACACCCGGGCUCCGCAUCGUACCGUCGGGGCAGAAUUACAGUGGUUCCUCUCUGCCACCAGGCGAUCAUGGCUCUUCCCUGCCCAGCGAGGCCAAUAUUUUUCUGCAGCACGUGGAGCCGCUGCAGGACCGCUUGGCAAGUGGCGAGCAGAGGGAAAAAGAACUGCAGGCCGUGGUGUCGAAAGACCCCGCCGGAGCGGGGGAGGAAGACGCACUUCUCGGCGGCACCGAACAAGAUGAAGAUACCAGUUUCAAAAUGCCGCAGGAGUACUACAUGGACCGGUGGUCUGUGGAUCUGAACGUCGGAGACCGUAUGCACAGCAUGUUCAAGGACGCCGAGGCCGCGAAGCGGGAAGAAAUCCUAGCUGAAACGGGACAAGAACUGUCACUGGCGGAAUUGGCAGAAGAUACCGAUUUCCUUUUCCCUCCCAGCAAGGUGGGCAUGGGAAAGAUGUUUUUCUUCGUGUCCGGUGCCAAGGAGCGGUGGCGCUACAUUGGCGGCGCGAUGAUCGCGCUUGUCGCGCUCGCACCAUCCGGGCUGUCCUUCGUCAUCGUGCAGAUCCAGCUCGAUAACGUAGAUGAAACGUUCGCGCGCCAGGACAUCGGGAAUGCAAACACGAUGGCCGUGUCCCGGGCGGCAGCGAAUCUGAACAAGGAUCUGCAGUUGAACCAGAGUAUCUGGGCCUUGGCGUGGCCACCGCUUCUCGGGCUAGUUUUCCUCGGAAUCUGGACGAUACUGAUGGUGUACACCAGUUUUUACCUGUUCGAAUCCGCGGCCGUUUUGCAAAUUGCCCGUAUUCGGCGCUUGUACCUGAAAGCGGUUUUGACCCAAGACUUCGCCU